AUGAGCGAUAGCUCAACCAGUGGCCCCCCAAGGAGGUCAACAAGAAUCCAGUUGGCUUCACAAUCAAAUAUACAAACACAAUUAAAAAACCAAAGAAACAAUCCCAUUAAAAAAGUGGACAAAACAGUGGCAUCUUUUAUUUCAAAAGAAAUAACAAACAUAAAAAGUAAAGGAAAACGAAUCGACUUUGAAGAUUUGACAAUUGAUAUCGAUGAAAAUAACGGGAACGAAUGGACCGAAGUAACAAAUAAAAAGAAAAAGGCAAAAAACAUAGACAACACGGCAAUAGAUCCUGAAGUAAUAGAAGAAGAUAAAGAAUCAGUAUUAUCAUAUGAGACUGAUAAUAGUUUUCAUCCUGACUGGAGACAAGAUUUCAAUGAAAAAAAUUUAAAAUUUGAACUCACGCUGAAAAAAUUCCUAGAAAAUCGAUAG